AUGGCGUCGUCGCGUGGCCGGGAACGGAUGCGUCAGAAGCCGCAGCGGCAGUUCGCCUUCGGGUCCAGCACUCCUCGCGACCUCUCCCAUCUUUCCACCGUUCGUUUUACAGUUCUUUCCUCAAAAAACACGCAUUUCUUUUACUGUUAGCUGGUCACAAUUGAUACUUUCCGUGUCUUCAUGUGUUGCCAGUAAAAAGAAUGCCAGUUUUUUCUCUUUUCUCUAUUCUCCCUUCUCGGAAUUUAAUAUAUUACAUCUCAUUCGCGGGACGUGAAAAACUCUAAUCUACCUGUUCUCUCCAUCAUCUCAGCGGCGAGUUCAUUGAAACGGGAAAGUAUUGGAAAACGUGCACAGGUUAAUAAAUAGAAUAAUUCAUAACUGGAUUAAAAAAACAAUUUUUCUAAAAAAACAAUUAAAAAAACAAUUUUUUUCCUUUUUAGAACCUGAAUUUUACCCUUGCGCUGGGAAUUUUAUAAAUCGCUGUGGAAACGAGAAGAAAACUCGCAUUUUAAGCCGUCUCGCAAAAAUAUGAACUAGCUUUCUGAAAAAACAACGUGCCUCUUGUCAAAAUAACCAGCCCUCUUCCGGUUUAGUGAGUAAGAGCAAAACCAUGGAAAGUUUGAAAAAAAAAACCGGAUUUCAGCUCACCUGCAAGAGCAAAAACUCUCUUCACUACUCUAAACCUCAACGUUGUGAAUGAAAAAUGAGUAGUAAAAUGUGCGCAGUCUAAUGGGGGAGUUGAAACGAGUCCCAGAGGACGUCUUCGAGCUUCAACUCUCCAACUGGCGCAAUUCGCUGAGCAACUGCGCAAAAGCCGAGAAUCCGAUGAACGUGGAGAACAAUUUCCAUUUAUACUUUGAAAAAACAUCCAAAAGAUAACAAAUAAAGAUGACUCGAACAGUUUCUUGAACGUUGCAGGUGCCGCCAGAGUAUCGGAGUUACGACGCCAGAAUCGAAGUGGUCCGAGAAGGUCCUGAGCUCAAAGAAUACAUCCUCAAGGCGCGAUCUGUUUCCAGAGACGGUACCGAUUCCUACCCAACUCAUUUAAUGCAGCAUUCCCUGCAGAUUAAAUUUUUUCUUUCAGUCAAAACCAAAAAAGACAUUGUUAUUGAAAGUUUGAUGAAACUUCAUUGAACCUUUUUUGAACCAAAUAUUGUCGCUUCGCAAUAGUUUCCAAAAUUUCACUUUUGCACUGGUUUCAACGCCACUUUCCUGAAUCCGCGCAGAAAGCAAAGUGUUUCGAAAAAAAAAGCGUCACGCUUUCCCCGAUAAAGUUAUAUUUACUGUGGAUAGACGCAUUUCUCACACAUUUCUGCUUGUGAGGAUUUUUCACAGCCAAGAGGGAGGCUUUUUUCUUGAAAUUAGUCUAUAGUCUGUUCAGAUUUCAAUGCCAAGUCUUUGCUGAAGCUCCGCCCCCUAAUGGCGCGAUAAACCGAUCAGAGAGCGAGCCAUCCACAGAGCGUUUCCGAACGACGUCAUUCUACUUGACAUUCAGAAUCUGAACAGACUAUAUCGAUGACUAAAAAUUAUCGGCAAUGAUUAUGCGAGAAGAAUUUUAUUGCGGUUGAAUGUAACUGCUUACAGAAUAAAAUGUGACAGAUUUUCACUAACAACUCAAAAUUUUAUUUUCGAUUUGAAUGACCAGACUUCUCAGUACAAAGCCUCGAGUUUUAGUAACAAACGGACGGAAUUGGGCGUUUGGGUCUUCGACACCACGAGAUUUGGCUCAUUUGGUGAUGAUCCCGCCACACCAACGCAUCUAUAACGCGAAAAUUCCGAAGAAAAGUCCAACCGCUCCGGAAUUCAAAGCUUCCACGAAAAGAAGUACAACAGGUGCGUUUCUUUUAGGUCAAAGGUUUACUGAAAGCACAGCACCGCCGGUUGGUCGGCAGCCGUCCAUAGCACGUCCUGCAGGUUCUCGAUUCAGUGAAAAGGACGAGGAAGUUAGUUCGGAGCCCGACUUCAUCCAGGUGCUGAGAAAUCAAGCUCUAUCCAGCCUUCUAAUGUUGCAGGACCGAGAAGAGUUCGUGAAAGCGAUGAAAGAGGAGUUCAGGAAACGGAUAAAGAACAUUAAAAACGAUGAUGGUGCAGAGCCAAGAAAUUCUUUAAACCAGUUUAUUUUUUGCAGAACAGAAGCCAGAAGAGCCAAUAAGUGAAACUUCUCUUGCAGAGCCCAAAGUCGUUGACAAUGUUAAUUUCACGAGAGCUGCAGGUUUGUAAUUCUAAAAAUAUGAUAAAAAUCGAGAUGAACAGAAAUAGCACCGGAUCCGAGAAAGUCGAUGCGUAUUCGUGCAGACACUCACGACGAAGACGGUCAGGAUGCCCUACAGAGCCGCGCACCGGUGCAAAAGAUGGACGAUCAGGUGAACUAGACUGUAUUCUACAAGUAGUGGAAAGCCCUCAGAUCACUGUUUCGGAGCUGAACGAGUCGACGCCUGCGACGGAGAUCGUGGUGAACGAGGCCGGCGAGACGACGGACCUCUCCAACCAAACGACCGUCUCUAACACUACGGCCAUCGUCGAUGACUUACUCAAACGCGUAGAAAACGUCGCUGUUGAUGAUCAAGAAACUGUACGCCUAAGCUUGCUGUGAAAAUCGAAACUUUAUUUUUAGGAUGAGAACCGGAUAAAGUUAUCCACGUCGGAAAAACACGCACACUAA